CGGACAAAUCACAGGAGAAUGCAGAUAACGAAUGUUAAGAGCCUCAGAAAAACCAAACGCAGUGAUGGCGCACUUACCCGCCCUCCGGGUUCUCCUUCGCCACAUUAACUGCCUCAUUCCGCCACCGCGCACAUCUAUGCCUGCACUCUGUACCAUCCGUGCCACGUGUCACUUCCUCCUUCUCUCCCCUAAACCUCGCAAACUCCACGCCACCGCAACUUCCAAAGGUCCAGAGAACCACGCGCUGCUGCUCAACAGAGACGAGCGCGUGGCGAGAAACGUUACUCCAAGCGAUGUAGUUGAGAAAGGGAGCACAAUCGCGGCGAUAGUAACGUCGUUGGGAGGUCCACGCCACGUGGUGGAGUACGGAGUCGUUUUGGAUUCGGAGGGGAAUGUGAUCGAUGAGGUUUUGGCGGUGCCGAUGCUGGCGCCAAAAUCUUACACGCGCGAGGACGUUGUUGAGAUUCAGUGUCAUGGAAGUGAAGUGUGUCUGCGCCGAGUUCUCAGAACUUGCUUGGAAGCUGGAGCUACACUUGCUCAGCCAGGAGAGUUUACACUUCGUGCGUUUCUAAAUGGUCGGUUGGAUCUAUCACAAGCUGAGAAUGUUGGAAGGUUGAUUACCGCCAAGUCUGUGGCUGCUGCAGAUGCAGCACUGGCCGGAAUCCAGGCAUGUCUAACUCGAAUUUGGUUUGAUUUGAUUUUGCAGUGCAUUGAGUUGCUCACUGAGAUUGAAGCUCGUUUAGAUUUUGAGGAUGAGAUGCCUCCUUUGGAUUUGAAUAUUAUUAUGGAUAAAAUUCAUAGCAUGUCGCAAGAUGUUGAGAGUGCAUUGGAGGCAGAAAAUUAUGACAGGCUUCUGCAGUCUGGAUUACAGAUAGCAAUUGUUGGCCGUCCAAAUGUUGGCAAGUCAAGCCUUCUAAAUGCAUGGAGCAAAAGUGAGAGGGCAAUAGUUACUGAAAUUGCUGGAACCACUCGCGAUGUGAUUGAAGCAAGUGUCAGUGUCAAUGGUAUCCCUAUAACCCUUCUUGAUACUGCAGGAAUCAGGGACACUGAUGAUGUUGUGGAAAAGAUUGGUGUAGAGAGAUCAGAAGCUGUUGCUAGGGGUGCUGAUCUAAUUAUCAUGACUGUGAGUGCUGUUGAAGGGUGGACUUCUGAAGACACCAAACUUCUAGAAAGGAUUCAGUCUGCUAAGAGUUCAACUGGAUCCUUGAUCCCAGUAAUACUUGCGGUCAACAAGAUAGAUUGCAAUCCACGCGCUGAGACAGAUUGGGACAGAGGAUGUCAGAGUCAUGAUAUCUUCAGUAAACGCGUGUUUACGUGUGCUGUUACUGGUCAAGGAUUACAAGACCUAGAGAGGGCAGUACUAGAGCUUGUGGGACUUGAUGCCAUUCCUUCUGGGGGUCGCCAAUGGACUGUCAAUCAGAGACAAUGUGAACAACUUGUUCGGACCAAGGAAGCUCUUGAAAGGUUACAAUCGUCAAUAAAGGAGGAACUACCAUUAGAUUUUUGGACAAUUGAUUUGAGGGAUGCUGCAUUAUCCCUUGGACAGAUAAGUGGAGAAGAUAUAUCUGAAGAAGUAUUAUCAAAUAUAUUUGGGAAGUUCUGUAUUGGUAAAUAGAAGGCUCACUACAUGUACUACAUAGAGAUGUUUUAAACAUAUCCCCUCCAUUCUGUUAUUCUGUAUGACUCUAUAUCAAGUUAAGUUCAUCUGGGCCUGUAGCUCCCGGUGUACCCCCAUGGCUUCUUUUUAUUUUUUAAUCAUGUUUCCCUUUUUCUUUUUCUUUUUC